AUGGGCCAGUCAUAUGAGAUAGAAGGCCCAACCCAGUAUUUACCUUUGAACAAGCAUACCAUAGCACAUAAUUCUUCUCCUUCUUCAUCGGCUAACAUAAUCGGCUCUAGUGUUCAACCUGAUGGUAUCCAUCCUGAUAAUUCUGAUAUAGUUAGGGGAGGUGGCAACCUUGUUAAAAGGAAGAGGAUCAGGAGUAUAAUUAGCAAAGGCAGAGCAUAUUUUUUUCUUAUCCAAGAAACCAAACUGAAGGAAGUUUCUGGUUCUUUAUCUAGGAGCUUGUGGGGAUGCGAGGAUAUAUACUAUUCUUUUUCUGCCUCUGACGGAUUUGCAAGAGGUUUACUAUCUAUUUGGAAAGCACAAACAGUUACUGUUCUAGCUAGCUUUCGUGGCUCAAAUUAUCUUGGAUCGAAAGUGUCUUGGAAAGGAGGUAUCUUUUACAUUGUUAAUGUGUAUUCCCCUUGUUCUUUGCCUUUAAAACGUCAAUUAUGGUCUCGGUUGUUAGAAUUGAAAAAUAAUUAUCAAGACGGGGAGUGGAUUUUUGGAGGAGACUUUAAUGUGGUAAAGAAUCGGAGAGAAAUAGUGGGUCAAUAUUUGAGAAGUAGUAACGUGGAAUGGAGGGAAUUCUCGGAUUUCAUUGAUGAUAGUGAUUUAGUGGACGUUCAUUGUAAAGGAAAGAAGUUUAGGUGGUUUAGAGGGGAUGGAAAAUCGAAGAGUAGGAUUGGUCAAUUGAUAGGAAGUAGGGAUGUUUAUGAUCAUUGUCCGAUUUGGUUGUUGGUCAAUAAAGAAGAUUGGGGUCUUAAACCAUUUAAAUUCAACAAUGAAUGGUUUUCCGAUAAGAGCUUCUUCUCUUUUGUGGAGGCGGAAUGGAAGGGGAUUGUUGUGCAUGGAAGAGGAGACUUCGUUUUAAAAGAGAAAUUUCGCAUAAUUAAAGAUAGGUUGAGGUGGUGGGAUAAAAACAUCUUUGGGAAGGUUGAUUUGGAAGUAGAGGAAGGAGUUAGAGUUUUGAAUGAUUCGGAUGAUAGGGAGAUUUGGGAGGAGGAGGCUCAUCUAAACAAGAUAAAAGCUUCUAAAGAAUUUGGUUAA